AUGUCAUCAUCAACUAUUGAUGUUGAUAGCGAUAAUAUUACAGAAAAGAUAUCUUACAAACCAGGAACUUUUCGUUAUCAAGAUGUACCAACUAAUAAACGGAGAAAAUUAUUUGACGAUCGACAAAAUGAACUCAAUCCUUGUCUUAAAGAAUCAGAAAUAGCCAAUAAUUGUUUAUUAUUGGCUGCUGACGAUUAUCAUAAAUGCGAUGCACAAAUGGAAAAUUAUAAAACAUGCAAACGUUUUUGGACAGUCGUACGAAAUUUUGCUACUUCAAAUCAUCUAAUGAAAAAUGACGGUUUUCCACCAUUAUCUGAACGACCUAUUUGGAAAAAACAACUUCAGUCGUGGAUUGAAACAAAAAAACUGACAAUACCAGAAGAACUCAAACCUUUAGCAUAA